UGGAGGGAGCCCCAACUAGAAUGGCCAGUGUGUGACCAAUGAGCACCUCAGAGGGACAAGACAGUCAUUUCCUCUCAGCUGCCGGCAUCUCUUCUUGAGGCUUUAAAAGGCACAGCCCAGGCGACAGGAGGGACCUUCAGGCAGCCAUCGUGGUCACCACAGAACGCGGGAGGAGCCGGGACAUGGACCCGAUGAACAAGAACAUCACUGAGGACAACUAUGAGUACCCUUGGACCCUGGACCCCAAUGAGCCUGUGGACGGCCCUGUGAAGCAGCAGUUGUAUUCUGGGGAUAUUGUAGGCCUGAUCAUCUACUCGGCUGUGUUCCUGGUGGGAGUUCCUGGGAAUACCCUGGUAGUGUGGGUGACGGCCUUCGAAGCCAAACGUACCAUCAAUGCCAUCUGGUUUCUGAAUCUGGCGGUGGCCGACCUCCUGUCAUGCUUGGCUCUGCCUGUCCUGUUCAUUGCCGUUAUAAAGUACGGGGACUGGCCCUUCAGCCCCCAGGCCUGCUCAAUCCUACCCUCACUCAUUCUGCUCAACAUGUACGCCAGUAUCCUGCUGUUGGCCACCAUUAGUGCUGACCGUUUCCUGUUGGUCUUCAACCCCAUCUGGUGUCAGAAGGUCCGAGGGCCUGGCCUGGCGUGGAUGGCCUGCGGAGUGGCCUGGGUCUUAGCUCUGCUCCUCACCAUCCCAUCCUUCAUAUUCCGUCAGGUGUACCAAGACCCCUACUCAACCAAGUUGUUAUGUGGUGUCAACUACGGUAAGGGUGGCUUCCACAAGGAGAGGGCUGUGGCCCUGCUGCGGCUGAUCGUGGGUUUCGUGUUGCCUCUGCUCACACUCAGUAUGUGCUACACGUUCCUUCUUCUACGGACCUGGAGUCGCAGGGCCACGCGCUCCACCAAGACGCUCAAGGUUGUGGUGGCCGUGGUUGCCUGUUUCUUUGUCUUCUGGCUGCCCUACCAAGUAACAGGGAUCAUGAUAGCUUGGCUGCACCCAUCCUCGCCCACCUUCAGGAAUGUGGAGAAGCUGAACGCCCUGUGCGUAUCCUUGGCCUACAUCAACUGCUGCGUCAACCCUAUCAUCUAUGUUGUGGCUGGCCGGGGCUUCCAGGGGCGGCUUCGCAGGUCACUUCCCAGUAUCAUCCGCAAUGCGCUCUCGGAGGACUCUGUAGCCAGGGACAGCAAGUCUUUCACUCGGUCCACGAUGGAUACCUCAACCCAGAAGAGUCAGGCAGUGUAGAGUAGAUGCCGCCACUACCCCUGCUGUUCCUUCUCCAGCCCUUCUCUCUCUUGUUUCCUCCUCCUUUUUAUCUUCUGCUUCCUUCUCUUUUUCCUUUUCCUCCUCCCCCUUACUCUCCCCCUUUUCCAUUUUAUGAGACUCUCUCUAAGUUGCCCUGGCUAGCCUUAAACUCAGGAUCUUCCUGGAUGCUGGGAUUAUAAGCAUAAAUUCCUUUAAAGAAAAAUAUCAUACUGAUUAAGGUAUUACUUGGCUUUCAUUUUUUUUCCCCUCCAACAUAGGGUUUCUCUGUAGUUUAGGAGCCUAUCCUGGAACUCACUCUGUAGAUCAGGCUGGCCUCAAACUCACAGAGAUCCGCCUUUCUCUGCCUCCCAAGUGCUGGGAUUAAGGGUGUGUACCUCCAAUACCUGGUCAUGUUAUUUAUUAUUAUUCUUUUUUUUAUGAUCCUGGGGAUUAAAGUCGGGGCUCACAAAUGCCACUCAAGUAAAUUACCACUGAGCUAUAUAGCCCUAGACUCCAAGGAACCAGUAACCACCACCUACCCUCCCUUCCUUCCUUCCUUCCUUCCUUCCUUCCUUCCUUCCUUCUUUCUUUCUUUCUUUCUUUCUUUCUUUCUUUCUUUCUUUCUUUCUUCUUUUCUUUGAUACAAGGUCUCAUGUCGCCAGGUGUUGUGAUUCUAGGCCUGUGUUACUGUGUCCAAGCCAUCCCUUAUCUCUACAGUGUUGUCUCUUCACCAAUGGUGUUAGGUGGAAGCCAAGCUUUGUAAAGACAGCUGUGUGUGUCUUGCAUGAUAAAGACUUUGAAAAAGGUAUUAAA